CCGCACAGUGUGUGUGUGUGUGUUUUCUUUUCUUUUCUUUCUUCGUUUCCUCACUAAUCAUCCCACAUGGCGACGCACAACCGGGACGACUUCGCCCGAGGACAGCCCGUCGUUUAACGUGAGCGCGUGACGACAUGACCGACAGCUCCGCGCGGUGUGUGGCGAUCUUCAUCAUCGGGCAUUGUUUCGCUGCUUAACGACAUGCUGUAACUGGGACAUCAGCGUGCGUGGGGUCGGUCUCACCAUGAAGGGCCACGGCUCCAGAUGGGCCUUCUCCCUGGGCUUCCUGGUCGGGGCCUGCGGUAUCUACUUCUUCCUGCGCCAAGUGUGGUUUGAGAGGAGCUACCCUGUGCUGUCAGGGGCUCAGGAAAGAGCCGCAGCGGUGUCCGAGAAGCCCAUCAGCUGGAGGAAAGAGGGAGCUGCUCUCAUCAAUCUGCUCCACUCUCACAAUGAAGAUGAAGACAGCCAAGGGGCAGAACUGUUGUUCCAGAAGGUUCGCGUUCUCUGUUGGGUGAUGACUGGACCGUAUAACCUGGAGAGCAGGGCUCGCCACGUCAGGGCCACUUGGAGUCGCCACUGCAACGUGGUGGUGUUCAUGAGCUCCGAGGAGGACCCGGACUUCCCCACCGUGGGCCUGGGCACCAAGGAGGGCCGCGACCAGCUGUACUGGAAGACGAUUCGUGCCUUCCAUUACGUCUACGAGCACCAUGCGAGCGAAGCAGAUUGGUUCCUUAAAGCUGACGACGACACCUUCGUGGUGGUGGACAACCUGCGCUGGAUUCUGUCCAACCACACACCUGACGAGCCCAUCUACUUCGGCAAACGUUUCAAGCCUUACACCAAGCAGGGCUACAUGAGCGGAGGGGCGGGCUACGUGCUUAGCAAAGAGGCCCUCAAGAGAUUUGUUGAAGGUUUUCGAACCAAGGCGUGCUCACACACCACACCCGUAGAGGACCUGGCGCUGGGGCAGUGUUUGGAGAAGAUGGGCGUUGUCGCGGGCGACUCCAGAGAUACUUUGCGUCGAGAGACCUUCCACCCGUUUGUGCCAGAGCACCAUUUAACCGGCCAGUUCUCCAAGAGCUUCUGGUACUGGAACUAUUGUUACUACCCGAUUGUCGAGGGUCCACAGUGCUGCUCUGACUUGGCAGUGUCUUUCCACUACGUAGAAGCGGAGCUUAUGUACACACUGGAGUACUACACCUAUCACCUGAGAGCGUACGGCUACAGGCCACGCUACCGGCCCCCCAUACAGCGCGGCCUGCGCCCCGGCCCACUCUUGCAGACCGUCCUGACGCCGAAACUCAAAGGGGCUCAGGAGGUGACGGGGGGGAGGAGUCACACAACUUGGGCUUUUUCCGCUAGUGGAAACCAAACUAAAGCAGAGGAACAGGAGACAGACAAUGGCAUCACUGAGAACAGAACUGCGGCCCCUCAAGGCAGACCCCUCUGAUUCCGUGCUGCAGCUGGUUGCUCUCCCUGUACGGUACGUUGCCUAAUGUUCCUGACAGGCUUUUUUUCCUUCAUCAGAUCACAGUAUAAUUCCAGCCAGUGUGACACUGUAAGCACGUGCAGUGAUAGUGUUUGAACCUUAAUAUUAUUCAAUGGUCACUCCGUGUGCCAAUGUGAAUACAUUCUUUGU